AUGGCACCUUCCAACACCGCACACAGCAAUCCACCUGGGAAUACAGACCCACCCAGCUCCCUGAUUCCGCCCAUUUCUGGAUACAGCGAAGGCGAAGCCCCUUCGUCGUCUGUGACAGGGAAGCGAAAAAAAGCAAAGCGAACGAGUGACACGAAACGGCAGGACCGCGUCGACAUACCGGCGGGUGCUGACGCACAAGCGUCUGCAGCUGCUGCCGCGCCUUCCCCAGCUUGUGCGCUUGAAAAAAGUAAAAUUGCAGAAGCUUCUCGUCAGCAGAGCCGCAGAUCGGCAGAGUUCGACGCGAAAUUUCCGGCAACAAACAGGGGAAACGGGGAAGACGACGCAGCGAGGGCACCAGAACAUACCUACCCAGCUUCCAGUCCUCUGGGAGUGAAUCACAGUUCACCCGUACCGAGUGCGGCACGAUUCCAGCCUACCCUGGAAGAAACGGGAAACGCUGAAGAUCGAAGGCAAAAAGUGGAAGCGUCGGCUCCUAAGUUGGAGAGAUGGCCGAGUCGCUUGAGUGAAACGAACACAGGCCCUCUUGCCCCGGGUCUCCUGCUCUCCGCCCUUCAUCAAAACGCCCGCCAGCCUUUCCUUGUCAAUCAGGGCAGCACAGAAGCCGAGAUUCACUUCAUCGGCGAACUCGAGGCAGGUUACGGGUUCCGGACUUCUGACGGUUUGUUCUGCGAAUUCUCUUUCGAGGCCGGGAAUCACUGGCUCGGUCUCUGUAAGGCUGCAGAUCGGCGUCACCAAACUCAGACGGCGUAUGGCAGUGUGGGAGAUGUGUAUCUUUGGAAUCACCCCAUCGAUCUGCACUACGCUGUUUCAUCGGUCGUCGGCUGGCCGCGCUGCCGCAUUUCUGUGUGGAAGCUGACAAAUCUCGGGACAGUGGAGAACGUCGCCUACGGGACUGUGAGUCUCCCCACAGCCGCUGGGCACCAUGAGUUCAUCUGCCACACGUGGACGCCUCUCGGGACCUACAGCGAAGAAUUUGCAGGUGCGAAGACACGACUGGAAAAUAACUUGUUCUUUGACAAGUUCUAUUCCGCGGGUCCUCACACACAUCUCUCUCCUGCAGAGGAAAUCUUCUCUUUUGAGAGGCCCGGACACUGA